ACUCAAUUUCCCUCUUUAUAUAUUUAUAAAAUCAAAUUAUUGUUUCCUCAAACCCCAAAUCUCCAUCGUCACCGCUACCUGCAAUCUGAUCUCCCGCCCCCAUAUAUGUCUUUGACGAUGGAAAACGAAGCCACCGUUACCGAGGCCCGAUUCGCGCCGGUCACUCGGGAGCGAAGGGUUCGCAACGACCUCGAAACCACGCUCCCCAAGCCAUAUUUGGCGAGGGCUUUGGUGGCGGCGGACUCGAACCACCCGACGGGAACGGUGGGGCAUAAACACUAUGGAAUGACGGUGCUUCAACAGCAUGUUGCUUUCUUUGACCAAGAUGAUAACGGCAUCGUUUACCCUUGGGAGACUUAUGUUGGGCUAAGAGCGAUUGGAUUCAACAUGAUAAUGUCCCUAGCUAUGGCCGUUAUUAUAAAUUUUGCCAUGAGCUAUCGCACUCAACAAGGAUGGAUUCCAUCACCUUUCUUUCCAAUCUAUAUUCACAACAUUCACAGAGACAAACAUGGCAGCGACACUGGAACCUAUGACACUGAAGGAAGGUAUAUAGCUGCGAAUUUUGAAAACAUCUUCAGCAAGUACGCUAGGACACAACCAGACAAGUUGUCGCUUGGUGAGAUAUGGGACAUGACUGAAGCCAACCGUCUAGCUUUCGACCCCUACGGAUGGAUAGCGUCGAAACUGGAAUGGUUCAUACUAUACGUGCUGGCUAGGGACGAGGACGGGUAUCUGUCAAAAGAGGCAGUAAGGAGAUGUUAUGAUGGAAGUUUGUUUGAGUAUUGUGCAAAGAUGAAUAUGAGUGCUCAAUACAAGAUGUAUUGACAACAUAGAUUAUUGAUUACUCUCCCAACUCAAAACUCCGAUGCAGCUUAUUAUCACUACUACUACCUUAUAUGUAAUCUUGCCUUUUGUAAAUUACUGAUAUGGAUUGCGCAACCAAGGACAGAAAAAUCAAAAUAAGAGCUACCAUGGUUGUGUGAUUGUAAAAGAUAUGCUGAAGUCUUAUUUCGUCGUUGUGUUGCUAGCUGUUUUAAUGUAAUGCUUUUAUGUCUUUUAA